AUGUCUGCUUUAGCUUCCACGUCGUCCUUCGUGGGCAACGCGAGCGCGUUCCGUAAAUCCGCCGUUCCCUCGAAAAAAGAGGUUUUGAGAAUGACGCCUAUGUCUGCUUUGCGCGGUAGGUCGUUGCAAAACACUCCGGAGGGAGUUUCCGUGGAUAAAAAGGGCGCAGACUUUUUCAACAAAACGUAUUACCCGAAAGCCGAGGACGUGGAUAAUUCGCGCAAGCCGUGGGUGGUCGUCGAUGCGACGGAUUUGAGACUCGGGCGAAUGGCGUCCGUCGCGGCGACGUAUUUGAGAGGUGGGAACGUGGCGACGUUCCACCCGUCGUUUACCACUGGGGUGAACUUGGUCGUCAUCAACGCGGAAAAAGUGGUCGUUUCGGGGAAGAAAUUCGAGGAUAAGUUAUACAGAAACUUCUCCACGACCGGGAGACCCGGGUCCAUGAAGAUUGAGACGUUCCGUCACUUGCAAGAGAGAUUACCGGAACGCAUCGUCGAAAAAGCAAUCAAAGGCAUGUUGCCGAAAAACAGAAUGGGUCGAGAAGUGUUUAGACACUUGAAAGUGUACAAAGGGUCGGAACAUCCGCACGCGGCGCAAAACCCGACGGAUAUCACCAAGGAUUUGUUGGAAAAGUGCGGCGGAGCAGCCUGCGUAGUCAACCUGGAAGAGAGAAAGUAG